AUGAGGAUUUUCUUGGUUUGGACCCUUUUCCCAGGUGGCUGGGCAGUGACAGGCCCCAGGCAGGUGACAGUAGAGCAGGGCAGCUCACUGGCCCUGUCCUGCAGCUACAAGCCACGCUACAAGCUCAGCUUCAAGUACUGGUGCCGCAAAAACUCCCUCUGGCCUUGCCUGACCUCCGUGAUCCAAACCGACGGCUCUGAGGUGACAGUGACACGGGACAGGGUGUCCAUCAGGGACAACCACACAGCGAAUUCAUUCACGGUGACCCUGAGCAGCGUCACAGCCGGGGAUGCAGGCCGGUACUCCUGUGGGGUGAAGAAGAAAGUGGGGAUCAGCCGAGGGCAUAGCACCGAGGUGAUGGUGUCUGCAGCAGCUGCUUCAAACACAACUGGGGACAGCAACCUGAGCCCAUUGACCACCAAUCCUCUGUGUCCCAGGGGCUGUGGGGAGCCUCCAGUGCUGUCCCAGCCCAGUGUCAUCCACUUGCUGCUUCUGCUCAGCAUCAAGGUGCCCGUGGCGCUGGCUGUGAUUGGAGGGGCAGCGUGGCAAUAG